CUUAGCGCUCCUGAAGACAGAAUCUCAGAGGUUUCUGCAGGCGGAACUGACGUGAAGGAUCCACAGGACAUUAUCCCAGAGGUUGGUAACACUAUAUUCAAAAAGUGUGAGUUAACUGAACCGGAAGCAGAAUCUGUAUUUGACACGGCAUUUGCCUCUCAUACACCUUGCCAUGUGAAAAAUGAAAUUGAAACUUCUCCAAGUGAAGAAAAACAGUCUGUUGAACACCUCAACAGAGCUUCGAGUUCCUCCAAUUCUCUCAUCGGUCUUUCCACAAGGAUAAAAUCGGAAGGAGAAAAUGAAAAUGGAAAUUGGAACGACGAGUUACAUACCAGUAUUGAGAUUAAAACCGAAGACCCUCUUCAGACUGACAACUUUGAAUGCACAUACGUAGAGCAAGAUAGCGAACAAGAUUUUAAAAAUGAGAUUCAAAAUCAUAUUCCAACCACGACAAGUAAACCGUUCAGUUGCAGUCGUUGCUCGGCCCCUUUUGCUAAAAAAUGUACUUUAAAAACACACAUCCGAACACACCCUGGUGAGAAACCAUUUACUUGCAGCCAGUGCUCGGCUUGUUUCGCUGGAAAAGGAUAUUUAAUACAACACAUGCAAACACAUACCGGUGAGAAACCAUUCACUUGCAGUCAUUGCUCGGCUUGUUUCGCUAGAAAAGGAAAUUUAAUACAACACAUGCAAACACAUACCGGUGAGAAACCAUUUACUUGCAGCCAGUGCUCGGCCCCUUUUGCUCAGAAACAACAGUUAAAACGCCACAUGCGAACACAUACCGGUGAAAAACCAUUCACUUGCAGCCAUUGCUCGGCUUGUUUCGCUGGAAAAGGAAAUUUAAAACGCCACAUGCGAAAACAUACCGGUGAAAAACCAUUCACUUGCAGCCAUUGCUCCGUCUGCUUCGCUCAAAAAGGAACUUUAAAACGGCACAUGCGAACGCAUACCGGUGAGAAACCAUUUACUUGCAGCCAGUGCUCGGCUUGUUUCGCUGGAAAAGGAAAUUUAAUACAACACAUGCAAACACACCCUGGUGAGAAACCAUUCACUUGCAGCCAUUGCUCGGCUUGUUUCGCUGGAAAAGGAAAUUUAAUACAACACAUGCAAACACAUACCGGUGAGAAACCAUUUGCUUGCAGCCAUUGCUCGGCUUGUUUCGCUAUAAAAGGAAAUUUAAUACAACACAUGCGAACACAUACCGGUGAGAAACCAUUUACUUGCAGCCAUUGCUCCGUCUGCUUCGCUCAUAAAGAAACUUUAAAACGGCACAUGCGAACACAUACCGGUGAGAAACCAUUCACUUGCAGCCAGUGCGCGGCCUGUUUUGCUCGAAGAGCUUUACUAGCGGGACAUAUUCGAACGCACACCGGUGAGAAACCAUUCAGAUGCAGCCAUUGCUCGGCUUGUUUCGCUGGAAAAGGAAAUUUAAAACGCCACAUGCGAACACAUACCGAUGAGAAACCACUCAGAUGCAGCCAGUGCGCGGCCUGUUUUGCCGAUAAAGGUAAUUUAAAGCGGCACAUGCGAUCACAUACCGGUGAGUAACUUUUUAUUUGCAACCAUUGCUCGGCCCGUUUUAGUAAAAAAUGUUCUUUAAAAGCACACAUGCGAACGCACACCGGUGGAAAACCAUUUAAUUGCUGCCAGUGCUCGGACUGUUUUGCUCAAAAAUUAAGCUUAAUACGACACAUGCGAAUACAUACCGGUGAGAAACUAUUCAAUUGCAGCCAUUGCUUGGAUGCCUUCGCUUUAAAAGGAAAUUUAAUGCGACACAUGCGAUCACAUACCGCUGAAAAACCGUUCAAAUGCAGUCACUGCUCUGCCUGUUUCCCUCUAAAAGGACAUUUAAAACAGCACACAUACUGGUGAGGAACCAUGUAGUUGCUCACAUUACAACAUAUUUUUAUCGAUGCCAGCAGAUCUAAGAUUUUUUUUUCAAAUUUGUCAUUGGUUUAAUUG